AUGACUCUUACCCGGAAAUGUCGAGGCGCUCUGUAUCUCGUAGAAUUCAAUGGUCUCGGUUCCGUUGAUCAGGUGGCAUUAUUCUUUCUGGGCUAUAACUACACCGCUUCCCAGCGGCUUGAUACACCCCGUUCACCACCCACUCUGCAUCCUUCUUGGGAAAAGAACUAUUGGCGUGUUCCGCUCAGUUCAGAUAAAAGAAAGUUCAACUAUAACUUCGAGUCUCUAUCACUUCCUGGUAAUGAGGUGUUCGACUUUGACUGUGAGACCAUAGCGAACUAUGACGGUUGUCAUUUAGGAACUGCCAGUGUCCGAGGAUACAGUGAGGCAUACAGGCUGCAACAAGGUUCCUUGCCAAAGGGACACGCAAGCGUAGAGGUUUUCAGUGCAGCACAGCCUUGGAUGGAGCAGCUCUCAAUCAAAGCACUCAAUGAAAAUAUUUCUAUGUGCUCAAGAACCGGGUCUCUCGAUAGGAUUGGGGCGACCGGACUCGACGAGGCCAUCAUCUCUUACGCCACAUCCGGAGAUGGAGCAGACUGUGCCACUAUUCAAUUAACUCCUCCAAGUUUCCUCUCCGAUGUGCGCGGAUUUUUCGCUUUCUCGUCUAAUAUCGCCAAGAUCACAACCAGAGACGCAAUCGGCCUCCAAAAAUUCUUGCAACAUAUCCUCAUGGGCGAGCUAGCCUCCGUACUCACUGGCUACUUGGGCUUGUUCUUCCUGGUCGAUAUUUUCGACAUCAAAUCUUGA